AUGGUGCAGUUUGGGGCCAUGUGGCGGAGAGUGAUGCAGGUGCUGGAGAUGGGGGUGUUGAAUGGCUUUGUUCUGGUCGUCACAGCUGGUGGCACAAUCUUCUAUGCAUCCUCCACCAUCCAGGACUACCUGGGCUUUCACCAGUCAGACGUCGUCCAUCAGAGUGUUUAUGACGUCAUUCAUAUGGAGGACCGAGCAGAGUUACAGAGACAGCUCCACUGGGCCCUGAACAACCCUGACACCGGACAGCUGGUCUCAGAUCCAGCCUCGCCACAGGCUAACACAGUCUACAAGCCAGAGGCACUCCCACCAGAGAAUUCCACCUUCCUGGAACGCAACUUUGUCUGCAGGUUAAGAUGUCUCCUGGACAACUCCACUGGCUUCCUAGCCCUGAACAUCCAGGGGCGUCUGAAGUUCCUCCAUGGCCAGAGCGAGAGGACAAAGGAGGGCAAGGCCAUCCCUCCUCAGCUGGCUCUGUUCGCCCUGGCCUCUCCCUUGCAGCCCCCCACCAUCCUGGAGAUCCGCACCAAGAACUUCAUCUUCAAGACCAAGCACAAGCUGGACUUCACCCCCAUUGCCUGCGACGCCAAAGGGAAGAUGUUGCUGGGUUACACUGAGGCUGAGCUGUGCAACCAUGGCUCGGGAUACCACUUCAUCCAUGCUGCUGACAUGCUGCACUGUGCUGAGAACCACAUGAGGAUGAUGAAGACCGGAGAGAGUGGGAUGACAGUAUUCAGGCUGCUGACCAAGCUGACUGGCUGGGUGUGGGUGCAGGCUAACGCCAGACUGGUCUACAAGAACGGACGGCCUGAGUGUAUCAUCGCAUCCCAAAGAGUCCUCACUGAUGAAGAGGGAGAGGACAACCUAAGGAAGCGGAGCCUCCAGCUGCCUUUCAGUUACACCACUGGGGAGGCUCUUCUCUACAACACCAGCUUCCCCAAGACUCUGGUAACAGGGGACUCCUUAGCAGGCAGCACCACCAGCCCUGCAGGAAAUAUCACCAACGACAACCAGGGUGGAACCCUGGAUCCUGACUCACUGCUGGGCUCUCUGCUGAAACAGGACAAGUCCAUCUACUGCUGCUCCCCUCACACUCAGAACGAUCUCCAACUCCCUCUCCAACUCCAGGAGGAGGUGGCAGGGGUUCCACAGGAGGAGGUGCCAAGGCUUCCACAGUGGGAUUGUGGGGGCAUCUUCUCCAGCAGCUGGCAGGAGGGCAGCAUCCGCUCUCUGUCGGAGAGUGUCCUCUUCAAGCAGGAGCCGUUGGGGGUCGGGGGUGGAGGGGGGAUCGACGGCUUCUCAUUGGAGGACAGAGACAGAGACAGGGAUUUGUGGAGCUUCAUGAUGAACCUGGGCAUCAGUAGGGAGGACCUGGAGCUGUUCCAGCAGGAUGAGAUGUUCCUCGAUGUGGAUCUGGACACUGGCCGAGACUGCCUCCUUCCUGACCUGACAGACGAGAUUCUCUCCUACGUACAGGAGUCUCUGAGGAAGAGGUCGGACUGGGGUCAGACUGUAUUCUCUUGCAGGGGGGCUAAGUUAGGGGAACAGGACUAUAGCUGUCCUACCACGCUGUUACACCAACCAUCUAUGGAACAAUCACAAACCCCACAUCUACAUUCUACUACAGUUCUGUUACACCAACCAUCUAUGGAACAAUCACAAACCCCACAUCUACAUUCUACUACAGUUCUGUUACACCAACCAUCUAUGGAACAAUCACAAACCCCACAUCUACAUUCUACUACAGUUCUGUUACACCAACCAUCUAUGGAACAAUCACAAACCCCACAUCUACAUUCUACUACAGUUCUGUUACACCAACCAUCUAUGGAACAAUCACAAACCCCACAUCUACAUUCUACUACAGUUCUGUUACACCAACCAUCAACCUCACGACCACAUUCUUCUACAGUGCCUCAGUGUCAGUCACAGAUACAGCCACCACAGCUGCCUGUAGUCCAUCCCCUAUCAGUUCACCACUAUCGGCCUCCGCAUCACGACCCACAGCAGCCAAUCCCGCAGCAGUGUUUACACACACAGCCCCACCCACAGGCAACACAGCAGCAGCAACAGAGCCAUCUAAAUGGACAGGUAUUGCCAAACCAACAGCAGCAACAGCUGUGUUCAAUAACACAAAGACAGAAAGACAUCACCAAGCAGCAGAUUCCUCCAUUGUUCAAUGUGGAGCAGCCAGGGGGGCUCCAGACACACCACGGCCACCCCCAGCAUGGGCACCUCUGCCUGGGGAAAGCUUCCCUGGGCCUCCCCUACAGGAACCAGCUGAACACUUUGUCUGUUAGCCACUCUUCAGUGCUCUCCUCCUAUGUACCCACCACGGGCCUCCAGAGCCAGGGAGUGGACGGAGAGCUCAUGCCCCAGAAUUUGGAGGAGUUGCUGGGCAGCCUGGAGUCCAGUGGUCCCCGAGGGACAGAGGAUGGUAGGGGAGCGCUCCAGUCGAGUGUGGUGGAGGCCCUGGGUGUGUUCCAGCAGCAGAGGCACCUCCCUGACGACCUGGCUCAGCCUCAGGCCACCAGCCAGGGCUGCGCUCAGCAUGCCUAUCCCCUGGCUAUGGGGCUCAGCCAGGUCAAUAGAGCAGAGUGGCCAUUCACCACACAGAACGGGAGCCUGAAGGAGGCUGGUCCAGCCCCUUGCCCUGUACCCAACCCUGAGUCCUCCAGGGAUGCAGACCAUGGACAUGCAGUAGCAAAGCAGCCAAUUCACCAGCCUCCUCUUCCCUCUGCUGAGAGCAGGCCCUACUCUGACCUCCCUCCGAGUGGAUUUAUGUGAGACUGAAGGCCCCCCUCCCUGGAGGCUCCAGAACCAGACAUUCCAAGGCCAGCCAGCUGCCCCCGGUCCCCCGGAGGGAGCAGAGCCCUGACUGACGACAGCCACACAACAGAGGCCAGGGAUAGGGAUCCUCCUGUCUGGCACCCAGCUGCACAUGGCUCCCCUGCGACCACUAAGACUGUUUCCCAAAUGUGCCCUUGUCAAAAGUAGUGCACUAUAUAGGGGAUAGGGUAUAAUUUGGGCUGCUGUCUAAAACAGGAACCAGGGCAUGUCUGGGAAUAUGGAGGACUUGGACUGGAGAGGUCCCCUGUCGAUCAUUUUGUUAGAGCUUGGCACUUGCAACGCCAGGGUUGUGGGUUCGAUUCCCAUGGGGGACCAGUAUGAAAAUGUAUGCACUCACAACUAUAAGUCGCUCUGGAUCAGAGCAUUUGCUAAAAUACUCAAAUGUAAAAGUGAGAUUCACAUCCAGAGAGACUGAACGUCAGACAGCAGGCAGAGGGACAGUCCGAGACAGAGAGAUUGUGACAGACAGAUGGAGGGAGACCAGAGGAAGUGGAUAAUCAAUCAAAUUUAUUUAUAAAGCCCUUCUUACAUCAGCUGAUAUCUCAAAGUGCUGUACAGAAACCCAGCCUAAAACCCCAAACAGCAAGCAAUGCAGGUGUAGAAGCACGGUGGCUAGGAAAAACUCCCUAGAAAGGCCAGAAACCUAGAGAGGAAGAAACCUAGAGAGGAACCAGGCUAUGAGGGGUGGCCAGUCCUCUUCUGGCUGUGCCGGGUGGAGAUUAUAACAGAACAUGGGCAAGAUGUUCAAAUGUUCAGCAGGGUCAGAUAAUAAUGAUCACAGUGGUUGUAGAGGGUGAAACAGGUCAGCACCUCGGGAGUAAAUGUCAGUUGGCUUUUCAUAGCCGAUCAUUCAGAGUAUCUCUACCACUCCUGCCGACUCUAGAGAGUUGAAAACAGAAGGUCUGGGACAGGUAGUACGUCCGGUGAACAGGUCAGGGUUCCAUAUCCGCAGGCAGAACAGUUGAAACUGGAGCAGCAGCACAACCAGGUGGACUGUGGACAGCAAGGAGUCAUAAUGCCAGGUAGUGCAUAGAAAUGUAAUGGACUAAUGACCUGUUUGAAUGUGGAACUCUUGUCAGCCAUUUUGUUUGUCCAGAAAAACAUCCUGUUGGUGCAGUCAUGGUUUACUGGUCAGUGUGUCAGCAUGCCCUGUCAUGAACCUGAUGUAAUACUGAACAAGCAGUUCUUCCAUUGGUCAAUGAGUAAGAUGAGAUGAUGCAGAACUCAAAUGUUACCAAUCCGCUGAGUCCAUAUUCAUAAAGUAUCUCUGAGUAGGACUGCUGAACUAGGAUCAGUGUUUUCUUUUAGAUCAUAAUGAAUAUGAUUAUAUGGAUAAGUGGGGUGGAUCUGAUCCUAGAUCAGCACUCCUACUCUAAGACACUUUAUGAAUACGGAGCCUUGCUUUUAAAUAUAUAUAAGCCAUUGAUUGCUUAGAAAUAAUCACUUGCAUUUAAAGGUGCAGUUGAAUGAAACAAACCGUAAGCUAUUUGAGCUAUCCAUGAGAUGGAGUAUCUGUCUACACUGUGCUUGAUAUUUUUGUACAGAAUGCAUUGGCAAUCCUACUAAAUCAUGAAGUAAUAUUAUGAGCAAUUUGAUCGCUUUAUGGAUCCUGUCUAUCUGUUCUUCAGCCCACUCACUUGCAUUGCAAGACAGGCAAAGUAAUAAUAAUUUACAGAUGAGUUAGUAGUCCAAGACCUAAUGACAUUUUCUACAUCUCAAAUAGCACUUUAUGCCCUAUUUGGUGCACUACUUUUGACCAGGACCCAUUGGGCUCUUGUCAAAGUAGUGAGCUAUAUUGUGAAUAGGGUGCCAUCUAUAGGGAAUAGGGUGCCAUCUGGUUCAUUGCCAUUGAGUUCAAGUGGCAGAUCAAUGUGUUUGAUCUACAUAUCUAACUUGAAUAAAAUGUAUGCACUUCUUUAUGGCAAAAUAACCUAUUGCACUCUGAGUGAAAGUAGAAGACUGUUGUAUGUAGCACUAUAAAUAAUGUACCUUGUUUAACUGAGCUAAUCAUGUUCAUGUUGCUAUGCAGAAUAGUGCAGUGGAACAUUAGACCCCUUGUUGUUUGGAGGUCUGUCACUUCAUUGACAUAAUUCUGUGAAAGUCAGGGUUUAUUUCAUUUAUUUUGUCAAAAGACAAAUCAAACUUUGAAUAUGUUCAAAUUCAAUCAAUGAAAAUGUUCAGUUUUGCAUUUGUUUGUAUUUUGUAUGAAAUUGUGUACAAUUUAUGUAAUGAGCAAAUCAUGACACUGCAGGAAGAGAAAGUUUACCAUUAUUCUGUUCUUUCACACGCUGAUAAAUGUUGACCAAGUA